AGCCGUCAAGCAAAAGGGUUUUAUGCUCCCCAAAAACAUCCAUUUUCACAGAAUCAUGAACAUCUGAAUACACCCUUACACACACUAAAUAACACACACACAGAAACCGCCAUGAAACAACUCAAUUCCAUCACAAUCUCCCUCUAUUCUCACCGUCUCCUCCGCCGUAAACCGGCACCACGGUUCAUCGGAAUCACACAUUUCUCAACAACAUCAUCAUCAUCAACACCACAAGAUUCCUCAUAUCAUAGAAGAAACCAAGAUGAAAUGAGGAAUGUUAGGGUUUCAGUUUGGUGGGAUUUUGAAAAUUGUCAGGUUCCAUGUAAUGUAAAUGUGUUUAAAGUUACUCAAUAUAUAACUUCUGCUGUCAGAAAUGUUGGGAUCAAAGGACCUCUUCAUAUUACUGCUUUUGGUGAUGUUGUUCAGUUGUCGAGAUCGAAUCAGGAAGCGUUGUCGUCUACCGGGAUUAAUCUUACUCACAUUCCUAAUGGGGGGAAGAACAGUGCUGACAGAUCUCUUCUAGUGGACCUCAUGUAUUGGGUUUCUCAAAAUCCUCCACCUGCACAUCUUUUUCUAAUCUCCGGGGACAGAGAUUUUGCUAGCACUUUACACCGAUUAAGAAUGAGCAAUUAUAACAUAUUGCUUGCUAGUCCAGAUAAUGCACCUGCAGUUCUUUGUAGUGCUGCAAGUAUAAUGUGGCAGUGGACUUCAUUGGUCAAAGGGGAAAAUCUUAACGGAAAGUAUUUUAACCAACCUCCAGAUGGUCCUUAUGCUUCAUGGUAUGGUCAUUACAGAGUUGCUCUUGAGGACCCAUUUGUGGUUUGUAACCAAGUUUCGAACCAAACUCCAUCUGUGCAAUCAGAGGGGAUUUCUGACUCAAAUUCAGAUAUUAAGCCUCGUGCAAUUCCAAAGGUUGUUCUGAGUGCGAUUCGUAAUGUAUUGAAUUCUUAUCCUAAAGGCCUCUCAAUUACAGAGCUUCGAGCUGAGUUGAUGAACAAUAAUGUCACCAUUGAGAAGGAUUUUUAUGGUCAUAAGAAGUUCUCUCAGUUUCUCUUGGCUAUGCCAAGUUUGUUGAGACUUCAAUCUAUGAAAGAUGGUCAACAUAUGAUACAUGGAAUUAGCCCAAAAAGUCGUGAAUCAUGUUUGCCUACUCUUGAUAAAGCUUCGGUAACGUGUGCGUCUACUACGGAUAAGGCUUCUGUAACGUCUGUACCUUCUCCCGGUAAUGCUUCUGGGACAUGUCUGCUUACUCUUGAUAAGACUUCUGUUCCUAAUGAGACGACAAAAGAUACACAAGAUUCGGCUCCGGUUGCUACUCUUAACGAAGCUGGAGACCACAAUGCUUAUGUGCCUCCUAUGGAGAGUAUGUCGUCACAACCCUCCAACUUAAAUGAAGCAAAGCUUUCUAGAGAGUCACAGAAACUUCCAGGGAAACACGAAGAGCCACUGCAAGUUCAGGGGCAGCCUCACAUUAUUGAGAAGACUGAAGUAGAUGAUGGUCAAUUGAUCCGAUUAAAGACUAAUGGACCUAUACCUAAAGUGGAAACUUUCAAGUCUACAUUGAGGAGAUGGUUGUGGGGUGAAAAUGCUUAUCAAGAAAAUAUCUCUCAUACCGAUACUGACUUCUCCACAUCCCAAAAAAGCACUGAUAAAGUAAAUCUUAAUGGAAAUUCCAUGAAGUCAAAAGAGCAGUUGCCUGACCCGGGAAAGGUUUCCCUAUCUUUAUUGUCCACAAAUGAAGUUCGAGAUGCGGAAAUUGAUCGGGCGUCUGCAGAAAAUGUUGAUAAAGUUCAGAAGCCUUUAGGUAUCUUUGGUCAGAUUUUUAGAUGGUUCAAGUUCAAGAGAACUGAUAAGAAUUCUGAUGACCUGAAUACAGAAUUGAGUAAAAGUGAUAAAGGUUUAUCUAGUUAUUCAGAGAUGCAGGAAAUCCUUACAGAAUCUUUUUGGAACAACUUGUUGAAUUUCUUGGAAACCUCCAAAGGGUCAUCCUCAGUUUUGAACUCCAAGACCAGGCAUGAGAUGGUGCAAAAUUUCCAGCAAUUUGGACCUUCUCAACUCCGAUCUCUAAGUGUAAGUCAUGCUUUGCACCUUGUGGACUUGCUAAUAUCAGAGAAAAAAUGGUUGGUAGAAACUCCAUCACAGACCUUUCCUUUCAGACCUUCCAGCAAAAUAUCAAUUUCAAAACGGUCAGAUAGCAAACCGCAAGGGGUAAAAGGACAAAUUGGAGGUUCUAUGCUUCCCAUCACGUCCAAAGUUGCACCAAAAAACCGUAGUCAAAUAUUAAAUCACUGUCAGAAGCUUGUGAACCAGGUUGUUAAGGAGAAUCCAGAUGGUUUCAAAAUUAGUAGCUUUAAAAAGUUGUUUCUUGAGAAGUAUGGAUAUAAUUUGGAAGUUCAACAACUUGGUUACCCGAAGCUGGCAUCUCUGAUUCAGAUAAUGCCUGGGGUUAAGCUAGAAUCUAAUUGUAUUUUUCCAUCUGGGGAACACUCAAGAAAUCUUCGUUCUGACAAUGAUAAUGAUACUUUAUGGGAAGAAUUGGGCCCCGUUGCCCAAAUGGAAAGUAUUAAAGAAGAUGAUUUUGAAACGGUAUCUGAUAAUGAUCUGUCUGAUUCAGAAGACGAGAAUUCUCCAACAAGAUUUCAAAUGCAUUCUAGUAGGAAAGAACAAGAAAGUUCGUUACUGCAGAUACUCGAUACAUGGUACGGCAAGAACCAGGAUAGCGAUAACAAGAUAACAUCGUACGAGUCUGCUGAGAAAAUUGAUUUCUUGAACAAUAACAAAUACGAACAAAAGCAGAAACAUGCAAAAAGUUACUCGUUUGUGAAAGAAAAAUCCGGAGAUGACCAAAAUGGCGUGAUUAAUGGCAUAUUGGGUAGCUUGAAGAAAUCGGAAUAUGAUUCACCAAGGUCUAAAAUUGAGGGUUGAAAGGUUACAAUACAUUGGUGAACACAUUCCUUAUCUUACCCACCAUUAUUAGUUCAAUCUACUGUAGGAUAUGGAGAUCAGAUUACUGAUAUUUAGGCCUUAAAUAUAAAGUCGAGGUUAUGCAUUAAGAAACCUAUCCCUGAAAGGAGUUUGUGGCAGGCAGGUCAUUUUACUGUAAAAGCCCUCAGCCAGAACAAUUUCCUUGACAAUAAUAAUUAUUUAUUUAUUA